AUGGAAGCUGAAGAUGUCGAACACUCUGUGAGUACGGACACGGAAGAGAGCAAAGACAUGGACAACAUACACUACGAGCCGUACGACGAGUCAAUGGUCGAGUGGCUUGUUGACAUCAUAAAAUCGCACGAAAAGCUGAAAAAAGCAAGAAAUGCCGUUUUAAACAGACACUUUGGAGAGCUCGGUGUGUCUGCCAACCUGGAGGAGCAGGAAAAGCUUCUGCUGAUUCACGAAUACAUAAACAAAGACUUUGUGUACCCGCCCGUCUUUCUUGGGUCCACUCUUGGCUUCAACAAGAACAAUUGGAAUAAACACAUUGAAAAGAUACUGGAGCCGUACGAGAUAAAACAGAAGCCGAUCUACGGAGUAAAGGAAACAUGCUAUCUCUUCGAGAGAAUGAAGUAUUUAAUACUAAAGUACAUGGAAAGAAUAAGAAAAUAA